AUGUCGUCCAAACCUGCUUACAAAGACAUGAUUAUAGAUGCCGUGCUAACGGCAAAGGAAAGAUUAGGUUCUUCUCGUCAAUCAAUUAAAAAGUUUAUUCUUGCAAAGUAUGCUCUAAAUUCAACAACUUUCGAUACUCAUUUUAACACUGCCAUUAGAAACGGUGUCAAGGAAGGGCUUUUUAUUCAACCAAAGGGUCCAAUUGGACCUAUCAAGCUCAACAAGGAAAUGCUUAAGAAGACCGUCAAACCAAAGAAAGUCAAGUCAAAAUCGAAAACUCCAUCAAAGGCUCCUAAAUCCGUCAAGUCUGCACAAUCAUCGAAAACAACAACCGCAGUCAAGAUUUCCAAACCAGCAAAGAAGUCGUCAAAGACUUUGAAGGAUGAAAAGACAAAGUCAUCAAAGUCCAAGACUGCAAAGGCGUCAACUAAAAAGACACCAACUAAAAAAACGCCAGCUAAAAAGACAUCAAGUGCAAAGUCAAAGACUGCAAAGGCCUCCGUGAAGAAGACUGCCUCGAAGAAGACUGCCUCGAAGAAGACCAACUCGCCUCCAAAGAAGGCAACGGCAACGACAAAGAGCAAGUCAGCUAAGGCUACAAAGGCAAAGAAAUAG